CUCUGGGGAAAGAAAACAUCAGCCAGUGGCCGGAGACCGAUGUGGAUUCACAAGAGCAAUGUCAGAAGCACAAAAAAGAAAAACUGGCAGGAUUCUGUGAGGACCACAAUCAGCUGAUAUGUCAUGCCUUCCAUAUCAACAAUCAUCAGAAAUGCAGCCAUGUGGUACUUAUAGCUGACAAAGUGAAAAACCUACAUCAAAAAGUAGACUUCAAGCAGUUGUCAGCAACUGUAGAUAAACAGCACCAGCAAUUGAUACAAAUGAAAGAUAACUUUGAGAAAAAUAUUAAGUCUCUUGAUAAAUCUUACAAAACAAAUCUGGAAAAAAUCAAUGCUUUACGCAAGACGAUUAAAGAUUCUUUGGAUCUACUGGAGAAAAAAUACCAAGAAGGAGUUGGAUACAUUACUGGCCACCAUGAGGACAUCUAUUCAAACUGACAUUGAAGUCUGCUUAAAGUCCAUCACAAAUAUAACAUGCUUAAAACAAGAUUUGCAAACAAGAAAAGAAAAAAGUGAAGCACUGAGUUUUAUAAAGUAUAUAAAAUGUAUUGACCAGCCCCACGAGGUUGAAUCAGUUUUACCAGAAAUGAAAUCUAAGGAUGAGAGGACACUCACCAUUAAUCCUGAUACAACCAUCCAACAAACCCUGUCAACCCUCUCAGGAUUGGGACAAAUACUAAACACAGUGAAACAAUCACAACCUGCUAAAGGGACAACACAGAACACAGUCACCAGACAGAAUAAACUUUCAGCAUCCAGCAAGUCUGACCCCGAAAACCAAACAACUCCAGGAUUCAAGGUAAAAAAGUCCAAUUCAGAAUCCAAUUCAUCUAGACAGUACGGCCCUGAAAACCAAACAAGUGAUAUGACAAAGUCAGGCCAGGUGUCUGAUCCCGUAUCAAGUUCAUCACACCAGAUGAUCCAGGGAUGUCAACCAGGUGCAGUGAGCAAGCCUGAUCGUAUCAUAAAAGUGAAGAGCAGUAGGAAGUAUAAUGUGAAGAUAAAGGGGGAUCCAGUAUACUGCACUGUAUCCGGUAUCUGUGAGGCAGCUACUGGAGAACUCCUCAUCACAGACCUGAUAAACAACCGUGUUAAGCUGCUGAAUGAGACCUGCAAUUUGGAAGCCCACUGUGACUUACCUUAUGAACCACUAUCCAUGUGCAGAAUUGACUCAAGUCAGGGGGUGUUACUCAGGGUAACUUUCAGGUCCAUUUCAUCAGAGUGACCAAUGGUCAGCUGGUAAAGGACAGGAUACUGAAGCUCCAACACAACUGCUAUGGCAUUGCCCAUCACCAUGGUAACCUUUACAUUACGGAUCGUAGAGCUCUGUAUCUCUUUACUGUGGAUGGAAGACUGGCGAGAAUAGAUCAGAUUGGAUGACAGUUACCGCCUGUGCUGUGAGUCCAGAUGGAGGCAGGAUAUAUGUGACCAACGAGUACACUAAUCAGCUGGUCACACUGUCCAGGGAUGGCACAGUAAUCUCCACAUUCACUGACCCUGUACUAAGCUGGGAAGGGGUGUCUCACCUGGCCUUCAUGUGACAGACUCAGGACAAGUUCUGGUUUGUGGAGGCAAGUCCAACACGAUCUUCCAGGUGGACAGAGAUGGGAGACAGAGACUGACAGAGUUGGUCACACAGAAGUAUGGUGUGUUUUACCCCAGAUCUGUCUACUACGGUAAAACACAGGCUUACUCAUUGUUGGAAUGUGUGGCAAUGAAAGCAUUAUGCUGUUUAAGGCGCAGUGACUGUUGGAGUAGGAAGAUGUUCAUUUACAAUAAUACAUACAUUCAUAUAUAGAGUUGUCAUUUAAUACCGUGUUACAGUUUUGUAUACAGUGCAUACAAGACAAAAUGACUGUUGUAAUACGACACAUGAAUUAUUUUCCUGUAGAACAAAAAAGAAAAUAGAAAAUUUCCCAUAAAACCAGUCUUCACCAUACCAAUAUCAUUAUGAAAUUUGAUUUGAACUAUGUUCACAUAUAAUGCACCAAAGAAAUGACUUCUUACUUCAAUUAUCAUUUUUCCAAAAUGACACAUAAAAACAAAACAUUUUUGUCACAAGGACACAUUAUGAUUUUGUAAAAUGUUGUUGAAGUGUUUUUAAUAUAUCAACUAUUCAAAUAAUUUUAUGAAACUAUAUCAAAAUUAAAGAAAUUAUUUAAUUCCUAGAAAAUAAGAUAAUAAAUGAGUGAUUGUCAGUUGUUUUGUUUAUCAUCUU